GUGAAGACGAGUGUGGAAAUAAUGACGAGGUGCAGAUCAAGGUAAGAGCUCAUCAUUUCAAAAGCCAUCAAACACUAAAUCGGCCAGCCCAGUCCAAAGUUAUGGAGGUGAUGUUUGAAUUAGCUAAUAAACCCAGUUGAGACAAAAAUGGCGAAAUGAGAAGAAUACAAAUUGCUUGCAUAAUGAAAAAAAAGAAAAAUUAAAAACAUUUAGCUUUUGUCAGCGUGAUCGAUAUACGUCUGAUAAGGUAAAUGAAACAGGCAAUGAAAGUGAUCCUUCUAUGGAUACAGAUAAACACUUCCUAUUUGAAGUGAAACUUGAUUAAUGAUCAUAGAUAUUUUUUAAUGUUUAAAAAUUUGGGUUUCAUGUUUAGAGCCUGUUCAAAAAUAUGGCAACGGUUCUGUUUAUGAAAAACCUUGUCCAGACUGUGGUUACGUCGUAGAGCUGCUGUCAAUCGGUGUCCACAUCACUGAGAAUGGCUGUACAAAGGUUUACUGUGAGGAUGAGCAGUUUCACUGCCCUAAAUGUUUUACAGUGACAAAAGUAAUUACUUGAUGUACGCUGAUGUAAAGUACACAUAAGUAUUUAUUAACAGUUUUCCAGUUUCAGCAAAAAUUUUACCCAGACACAAAAAAUGAUAUUUUUAUAGACAACGCAUUUUGAUAAUAAUUCUUAAAGACAACCCAUUGUUGCUCGUUUCAAUGGUAGGAUCAUACGAAGGUGUUCGACUCUUUUUCUUUAUAUACAAGUGUGCAAUGACAUCAUCAAUAGGAAGGCAAUUGAGCGGAAGCAUGAAAGUGCUGAGAAGGAUUAGUGGUUUGAGCAGGAGGAGUGAGUUUGAAAAGUGAUAGUUCUUUUCUGGCUUUGAGGCCAUCGUUAACUUCUGGUUUAAAAGACUUAAUGAAAGGUGCUUCCAUUAAUAAUAGUCGAUUUUUGUUUACCUUUGUAUUGGAGUAAAGUAUUUUGUAGUUGUAAGUAUUAGAUCGGUAAUGUGAGUAAUCGGACAAGUAAUGACAAAGCCUUGGGGUUUUGUCAAAGAGCUUCGCCUCUAACAAGAAGAACAAGAAUAUUACCAGUGAUCCAAAAAUGGCAAAAUGAGAACAAUACAAGUUCCUUGUAAAAUGAAAAAAAAAACAGGAAAAAUUAAAAACAUUUAGCUUUUGCAAUAUAUACGAUUGUCUUAAAGACAAUUCAUUUUGAAAAUUGUUGUUCCAAUCCUAGGCCCCGGACCAUGCGAAGGUGGUGAGGAUGAACGUUAUCUUCUGGAGUUGCUGGUUGGUGCAAUGGGAAAAAACCAAGAUUGUGGGGAAUUUCAGGAGUGUAGCGCUGGAUAAUUCCAGAAGAAAACAUUGAAAGAAUUGUCCUGGAGGGGCAUCAUUGCGUAUGUGUACAAAAGCAACAGAGUUAUGACUUGCAACUGUGAUGGGAACAAGCCAAAGCGAACAGAUGCAUAGAAUUAUCGUGAGUUUUCAGCACAGCCACACACAAAGCAUUGUCUCACCAACACUGCAAAGAUGUGUAAGUUCGUAGUGAUCAUUAUCAUUCAACUUCGAAAACUUUUGAUGAUGAAGGUGAAUAUGAGUGGAAAUAAUGAUGAGGUGCAGAUCAAGGUAAGAGCUCGUCAUUUCAAAAGUCAUCAAACACUUCAUCGGCCAGCCCAGUCCAAAGUUAUGGAGGUGAUGUUUGAAUUAGCUAAUAAACCCAGUUGAGACAAAAAUGGCGAAAUGAAAAGAAUACAAAUUGCUUGCAUAAUGAAAAAAAAGAAAAAUUAAAAACAUUUAGCUUUUGUGAGAGUGAUCGAUAUACGUCUGAUAAGGUAAACAAAACAGGCAAUGAAAGUGAUGCUUCUAUGGAUACAGAUAAACACUUCCUAUUUGAAGUGAAACUUGAUUAAUGAUCAUAGAUAUUUUUUAAUGUUUAAAAAUUUGGGUUUCAUGUUUAGAGCCUGUUCAAAAAUAUGGCAACGGUUCUGUUUAUGAAAAACCUUGUCCAGACUGUGGUUACGUCGUACAGCUGCUGUCAAUCGGUGUCCACAUCACUGAGAAUGGCUGUACAAAGGUUUACUGUGAGGAUGAGCAGUUUCACUGCCCUAAAUCUUUUACAGUGACAAAAGUAAUUACUUGAUGUACGCUAAUGUAAAGUACACAUAAGUAUUUAUUAACAGUUUUCCAGUUUCAGCAAAAAUUUUACCGAGACACAAAAAAUGAUAUUUUUAUAGACAACGCAUUUUGAUAAUGGUAAUAAUUCUUAAAGACAACCCAUUGUUGCUCGUUUCAAUGGUAGGAUCAUACGAAGGUGUUCGACUCUUUUUCUUUAUAUACAAGUGUGCAAUGACAUCAUCAAUAGGAAGGCAAUUGAGCGGAAGCAUGAAAGUGCUGAGAAGGAUUAGUGGUUUGAGCAGGAGGAGUGAGUUUGAAAAGUGAUAGUUCUUUUCUGGCUUUGAGGCCAUCGUUAACUUCUGGUUUAAAAGACUUAAUGAAAGGUGCUUCCAUUAAUAAUAGUCGAUUUUUGUUUACCUUUGUAUUGGAGUAAAGUAUUUUGUAGUUGUAAGUAUUAGAUCGGUAAUGUGAGUAAUCGGACAAGUAAUGACAAAGCCUUGGGGUUUUGUCAAAGAGCUUCGCCUCUAACAAGAAGAACAAGAAUAUUACCAGUGAUCCAAAAAUGGCAAAAUGAGAACAAUACAAGUUGCUUGUAAAAUGAAAAAAACCCAGGAAAAAUUAAAAACAUUUAGCUUUUGCAAUAUAUACGAUUGUCUUAAGGUGGCUCCCUACAGUUAUUCUUGUUUAAGCAAUAAUUCCAUAAAACAUGCUUAUUCGUGCAGAACGCGAAUUCUUUUCGACUUGGUGGCAAUAUUGAUCACCUAAGGAAUAUUUCGAACUAGAUUUCGACGAUGUCAAUGUUCCCAUGGCAACACGACGACAGCAUAAAACCUUCCAAUUUAACCCAUAAAUGUGCCGCUAUCUCAAAAACGAUGUCGGUGACCUAUCUUUUUUAUUUCAUAUAUCAAUAAGGAAUGAUGCUCUGCAAGUGUGGUGAAAGUUUAAAAAAAUUCUGUAGUGUGUGAUUUUUUUAAAAGCGAAAAAUUUAUUGCGAAAUUUCCACACUACAGAUUUUUUUAAAAUUUGAAAUUUAUAAAAUUUACCGCAAAAUAAAUUUGUGGUCAAAAUUUGAAGAUAGGUCACCGAUGAAACUAAUGAGUAAAAUGCAAAUAAAGUUAGAAAAUAGCCUCGUGUAACUCGAGAAAUUCCCCUAUUGAAAAGCGUCGCUGACUAGUAAAAGAUUGUACGCGGGCGCAAAACGAGUUUUCAUUCAGCAAAAGCGAGCCGCAAUGUUGUUUUUACUGUUUUGUUUUUGUCAACUUUUCGAUUUAUUUGAGUGCUAUGGACAGCCAAGAAUUAUUGUGAAGGAUUAAAUCGAUGAAAACAAGGUUGAAGCUAAUUGAAUCCUGCCGUUUACUCAAUCUAUGAGCUGUAACAGCCUAUUAACAGGUGGACGUGUUUUUUUUGUUUCAUGUUUGGUUUUGUACUUUUUGCUAAAAAUGAACAAUUAGGCUAUGAAACUGAAAUAUUUUUCUGUUUACAUAUAAUCACUUUAAUCUUGUAGAAACACGACUAAAAACGUGAACGUUUUCUUGAGAAAUAAACAACUUUUUAAACGUCUGUUUGCAAUUUUGCAAAUGUUUUACAGUUGAGUCAAUUGACAGUGUAUAAAAAAAUUUUAAAAAUAUUGUUUCGUAGCUAUUUUUGGUCUAGUGAUAUUCGUAUCAUAUGUAGAAUUGCUGUAUAGACUUGCAAGUGAUUUGGCACUGAAAACGAAGUAUUAUUCAACGCUUUUUUCCAUUAGAAACCUUUCAGAAAUAGCUUUAUUUUUAAAAAAAGCAUGGUCAAUUUUUGUUUUGUUUUGAUCAUGCAGUUGCGUGGGAUAGUUCACGUAAUUAUCCCGCGAACAUCCCGCACGGAACUGUAGGGAGCCUCCUUAAAGACAAUUCAUUUUGAAAAUUGUUGUUCCAAUCCUAGGCCCCGGACCAUGCGAAGGUGGUGAGGAUGAACGUUAUCUUCUGGAGUUGCUGGUUGGUGCAAUGGGAAAAAACCAAGAUUGUGGGGAAUUUCAGGAGGGUAGCGCUGGAUAAUUCCAGAAGAAAACAUUGAAAGAAUUGUCCUGGAGGGGCAUCAUUCCGUACGUGUACAAAAGCAGCAGAGUUAUGACUUGCAACUGUGAUGGGAACAAGCCAAAGCGAACAGAUGCGUAGCAUUAUUGUGAGUUUUCAGCACAGCCACACACAAAGCAUUGUCUCACCAACACUGCAAAGAUGUAUAGUUCGUAUUGAUCAUUAUCAUUCAACUUCGAAAAUUUUUGAUGAUGAAGGUGAAUAUGAGUGUGGAAAUAAUGAUGAGGUGCAGAUCAAGGUAAGAGCUCAUCAUUUCAAAUACUCAUCAAACACUUCAUCGGCCAGCCCAGUCCAAAGUUAUGGAGGUGAUGUUUGAAUUAGCUAAUACACCCAGUUGAGACAAAAAUGGCAAAAUGAGAAGAAUACAAAUUGCUUGCAUAAUCAAAAAAAAAGAAAAAUUAAAAACAUUUAGCUUUUGUCAGCGUGGUCGAUAUACAUGUGAUAAGGUAAACGAAACAGGCAAUGAAAGUCAUCCUUCUAUGGAUACAGAUAAACACUUCCUAUGUGAAGUGAAACUUGAUUGAUGAUCAUAGAUAUUUUUUAAUGUUUAAAACUUUGGGAUUUAUGUUUAGAGCUUGUUCAAAAAUAUGGCAAAGGUUCUGUUUAUGAAAAACCUUGUCCAGACUGUGGUUAUGUCGUAGAGCUGCAGUCAAUCAGUGUCCACAUCACUGAGAAUGGCUGUACAAAGGUUUACUGUGAGGAUGAGCAGUUUAACUGCCCUAAAUGUUUUACAGUGAUAAAAGUAAUUACUUGAUGUACGCUGAUGUAAAGUACACAUAAGUAUUUAUUAACAGUUUUCCAGUUUCAGCAAAAAUUUUACCCCGACACAAAAAAUGAUAUUUUUAUAGACAACGCAUUUUGAUAAUGGUAAUAAUUCUUAAAGACAACCCAUUGUUGCUCAUUUCAAUGCUAGGAUCAUACAAAGGUGUUCGACUCAUUUUCUUUAUAUACAAGUGUGCAGUCACAUCAUCAACAGGAAGGCGAUUGAGCGGAAGCAUGAGAGUGCUGAGAAGGAUUAGUGGUUUGAGCAGGAGGAGUGAGUUCGAAAAGUGAUAGUUCUUUUCUGGCUUUGAGGCCAUUGUUAACUUCUGGUUUAAAAGAUUUAAUGAAAGGUGCUUCCAUUAAUAAUAGUCGAUUUUUGUUUAUCUUUGUAUUGGAGUAAAGUAUUUUGUAGUUGCUAAGUAUUAGAUUGGUAAUGUGAGUAAUCGGACAAGUAAUGAGAAAGCCUUGGGGUUUUGUCAAAGAGCUUCGCCUCUAACAAGAAGAACAAGAAUAUUGCCAGUGAUCCAAAAAUGGCAAAAUGAGAACAAUACAAGUUGCUUGUAAAAUGAAAAAAAAAAAACAGGAAAAAUUAAAAACAUUUAGCUUUUGCAACAUAUACGAUUGUCUUAAAGACAAUUCAUUUUGAAAAUUGUUGUUCCAAUCCUAGGCCCCGGACCAUGCGAAGGUGGUGAGGAUGAACGUUAUCUUCUGGAGUUGCUGGUUGGUGCAAUGGGAAAAAACCAAGAUUGUGGGGAAUUUCAGGAGGGUAGCACUGGAUAAUUCCAGAAGAAAACAUUGAAAGAAUUGUCCUGGAGGGGCAUCAUUCCGUAUGUGUAUAAAAGCAACAGAGUUAUGACUUGCAACUGUGAUGGGAACAAGCCAAAGCGAACAGAUGCAUAGCAUUAUCGUGAGUUUUCAGCACAGCCACACACAAAGCAUUGUCUCACCAACACUGCAAAGAUGUAUAGUUCGUAGUGAUCAUCAUUCAACUUCGAAAAUUUUUGAUGAUGAAGGUGAAUAUGAGUGUGGAAAUAAUGAUGAGGUGCAGAUCAAGGUAAGAGCUCAUAAUUUCAAGGACUCAUCAAACACUUCAUCGGCCAGCCCAGUUCAAAGUUAUGGAGGUGAUGUUUGAAUUAGCUAAUAAACCCAGUUGAGACAAAAAUGGCAAAAUGAGAAGGAUACAAAUUGCUGGCAUAAUGAAAAAAAAAUUAAAAUUAAAAACAUUUAGCUUUUGUGAUAUACGUCUGAUAAGGUAAACGAAAGGUAAUCGAUAUACGUGUGAUAAGGUAAACGAAACAGGCAAUGAAAGUGAUGCUUCUAUGGAUACAGAUAAACACUUCCUAUGUGAAGUGAAUCUUGAUUGAUGAUCAUAGAUAUUUUUUAAUGUUUAAAACUUUGUGCUUCAUGUUUAGAGCUUGUUCAAAAAUAUGGUGGGCGAAGGUUCUGUCUAUGAAAAACCUUGUCCAGUCUGUGGUUAUGUCGUAGAGCUGCAGUCCAGCAGUGUCCAAAUUACUGAGAAUGGCUAUACAAAGGUUUACUGCCCUAAAUGUUUUUACAGUGACAAAGGUAAUUACUUGAUGUACGCUGAUGUAAAGUACACAUAAUUAUUUAUUUAAUGGUUUUCCAGUUUCAACAAAAAUUUUACCCAGACACGAAAAAUGAUAUUUUUUAUAGACAACACAUUUUGAUAAUGGUAAUAAUUCUUAAACAGAAUGCGAAGGUGGAUAUGAGGAUGAAGCAUUUGGAUAUAAACUGGCCCGGAAACAUGACCAAUCUGCUCACGAAACCACCGAGGUACAAAUUGUUGCAAACAUGCUCAUUUUGCUCAGAUCGCAUAGGGUGGAAUUUGCUGUGUGGUUUUGCAAAAUUACCGUGUUGGAAAACGGGGACUGCACCCAGGGCACUUUUUUGCAGACUUAAACCCCUUCUAUUUUUCUUUGAAUGUUUCAUGUCAAUUUAAGUUGGCUGCACUGUGAUGUGCAGGAGUGUCGUUAACUGAGAAAUUAGUUCGCUGUGAGAACAAUGUUCUUUGUACUGGGUCGCGUGGUAUAUUCUAGGAAUUUGGCUAGUGAUGUUAUGGUGCUGCUUGACAUAUUGCUUGGAGAAAAUCUUGGCCUAAACAAAUUUGAAAGGACACGGUAAAAGUGGAAAUUUCAAAUUCAGUUUGUGAACCCUAUCGACCUGUCCAUGACGCCUGUUUCACUUCUUAAUCAACCUGAAGAAGUAAUUGUGUAUUUCUGUAGCGUUAAACUGCAGACAUUUAACAUGAGACGAGUGUGAAAAUAAUCGUGAAGGUAGAGAUCAAAGUAAGAACUCAUCAUUUGGGACUUGCUUUAUCAAAAUCGGGACCGGGAAUUGGGUGACCGAGUUCCGAUCUUCUUUUGACAUGAAAUUUAACAUGAAACAAGACGCUAUAUUUCUGGGGCUAUACUGCUGAAUACGCACAUUUCUGUACAUGAUACAUACAGUACACAGCUAUUUCAAUUAAGAUUUAAGGUUUUCCCUGAGCUAAGCAUAAAAGACGAAUACGAGCGCGAAAGGGUUUAACACAGUACUAAAAUGCAGUAGGCCCUAGAAGUAAAGUUAUAUUUAGUACACUACAUUCUUCAAGACACUGUUGACAAAUCAUGAAUUCGCCGUUUGUCCAACUUUGUAUUUGUGAAAAAUACCAUUGUUCGAUUCAGCAUAAGAAAUUGUACUUACGGAUGUCAAUGUAUUACUAAACACCAGUAUUCUAGCGAUUUAUGGCCUUUGUCUUUGAAAGCCAAGCGAAAUUGUAUUGUUGUCUGUUGACAAAUCGCUCAAAAUGAUUAAACUAUUAAUUAUAAAAAAAUGCAGUAUGUUUGAUCCUUGAUAACUUUGGUUUUCUCUUUUUCAGCCGUAUACCAGUGGGCAGUGGAUUCGUCUCACUUCUCUCUUUAUUUUGAUAGUAUUUUGAGCCCAAAAUAUUUUAUUUUGAACGUUUUAAAGCACAGUUUAAUCCUAGCGUAUGGACCAACACCAGGCUGACAGUGUACUGCGAGCGAUUUGUCAACAAUACAAUUUCGCUUGAUUGUGAAAGGCCAUAAAUCUCUAGAGUACUGGUGCUUAGUAAUACAUUUGAAAUCCGUAAGUACAAUUUCUUACACUGAAUCGAACGGUGGUAUUUUUGUCCUUAUUGCACCAUUAGGCAUUACAAAUACAAGGGCAAACGUAGUGCGGGUGAUUUGUCAACAAAUUAUACAUACUGCAAGUGAUUAAUUGUCAACAAUACAAUUUCGCUUGAUUUUCAAAGGCCAUAAACCGCUAGAAUACUGGUGUUUAGUAAUAUACUUGACAUCCGUAAGUGCAAUUGCUUACGCUGAAUUGCAGUGUUGCUUUCUUCUCAAAAUAUAAAGCAGCACAGCCGAAACAUGACUUGCGAUUUGCGAAGGUUACUGUUUCCAUGUCGAAAUUCCUUGUAAAAUUGUUAAAUUUUCCCGAAUUUUCCUCAAAGCAGGGUUAUUUAUGGAUAAUUUGGGUAAAAUUGGCAGGAGCCCUUAUGGAUAAUUGGGGGGAAUUAAGCAGCUCAUUAAUAUUCUAUUUUGUGGGUGUCGAUGAUCCAAGAAAAAUGCAUGCUGAAACCUAUACUUGCCUGGGGCACAGGUGCCCCAGCGAGUAAUGAGUUCUUUUACGUAGGCACAAAAAUUUGGCUGCGCCUCGUAUUUCCAACCAGCUUGUCUCUAAAAUAUAAGCAUGUGGUCUGAUUUUUCAGUCUGAAAAAUAUUCAAUAGAUUUUGACCAGCGGUAUACUGCAAAAAAAUAACAUCCACCACAGUCAGUUUAAUACAUUCCUGUAGAUUUGCCAUCUUUAAAACGGUGUACAUCUUCCGACUAAAUAUUUAUAAAGCGACAUCUUGCAGUUCGGUUUUUAUUUUAAUCGUAUGAUUAAAAUAAAAACCAAACUGCAAGAUGUCGCUUUAAUUUCAUUUGUAAAUAAAGUAGAUACUUAUAUGUAUAAACAGUGAUUAAACACUGCACGUAAGCUUUUUGACUUGCAAUCAUUUACUGUUAGUUAAUGUAGUUUGCUGUAUUACAGUAAUACUUUUAUACUUGUACUUUAUAUAGUACAUGUAUAUGUCUGACUCGUAGGCUGACCUUGAACAUCAUGAUGACUAGUUGACGGCUGCUCACCACUCACAGAAGUACUGAUGAGGACAGGACGGUUUCCACUAUUUAUAUCUCUAUUCCUUUAAUAUCUCCACCACCACCUAAUAUCACUAAAGAAUACAGUAUCGCAACGUAUAAUGCAUUUGAUCUUCUAACCGAUGAUGUAACAAGUGAAGGUGAUGAUACAAAUAAACACUUAGAGUUGAUGUACAAAGAAAACAAGGAAGAAAAUUCAAAAAAUCUAGAAGACAGAGUCCAACAGAAUGACAGUACUCGGCAAGACCUCCCUCCCACUGUCCAACCAAAGACAAGUUCACUACCUGAAACAAACACUGACCACCAAAAACCAAUCGAUACAGAGUCAGAAACCAUCAUCAUAUGUGACAGCAAUGUUCGAUACUUGAAACCUAAAUAA